AUGACUUCCCCCCCAUCAGAGACGGAGACUUCUGUGCAGGCCUCGCUGCAGCGCGCUGACAAGGAGAUCAAGACAGCCCUGAGAAAGCUGCUGGACUCGGCGUCCCUGCUGGUGACACUUCCCCCUGGCAUGAGGGCAGAUGGUGGCCUUGGCCUUGUCCCUGCUGGCUCUGCUCCCUCAGAGCCCUCAGGGGCAGCAGCCGGGCCCUCUGUGGUGCUUCAUGAAGCCAGCACCCAAACCCAGACUGCUGGAGGCCUCGGUGAAGGUUUAAGAGAGGGCAUUCAGACCGUGGAGGCCAAAGCUCAGAGGGAGGUUCCAGCUGAAGAACCAGGGGUGCCAAAGCCCAGCCCUGCUCCUUCCAGGGAAGAGGAGGCUGCUGGAGGGGAAAGCACUCGGGAACGCACUGUUCCCAUUGACAGAACAUCUCCAGAUGCAGGGGCAGGAGGCUGGUACAGGAGAGAAGGAGACGUGGUCUGGGACGUGCACAGUGAAGUUUACAUCGAGACCACAGAAAGAACUCGAGUGUAUAAGACUGAGGAGAAGACUCCAACAAGUCCUCCUUACAUGCAAGUGACAAUAGAGGAUGUGCAGGUGAACUCUGGGGAACAUGCCAAAUUCCAGGCAGUCAUUGAAGGAACCCCUCAGCCCACAGUUUUGUGGUUCAAGGGCACUUCACUGCUGACAGACAGCAACAGGAUCCAUCAGGGGAGGGAAGGAACAACUUAUUUCUUAGUCGUGGACAAUGCUGCCCUGGAAGAUGGUGGUGUUUAUACCUGUGUUGCCAGAAAUGCAGGAGGGGAGGUUUUGUGCAAAGCAGAGCUCGUCGUACGUGAAGGUAAUGCCAUCCUGUCACCUAAAGACCAAGAAGGGAAGAAAGUGGCCACAAGGAGAAAGCUCCACUCCCAUUAUGAGGUUAAGCAGGAGAUUGGAAGGGGCUGCUUCAGCUUCGUGAAACGGGUGGUGCACAAAGGGAACAGGGUGUCCUGUGCUGCCAAAUUCAUCCCUCUGAGGAGCAAAACCAAGUCCAGGGCUCAUCAGGAGAGGGAUAUUCUUGCCUCUCUGUCCCACGACAGAAUUACCAGGCUCCUGGAUGAGUUUGAAACACGAAAAACACUGAUUUUGAUUCUGGAGUUAUGCUCCAGUGAGGAGCUCCUGGAUCGUUUAUUCAAGAAGAGCGUGGUCACUGAAGCUGAGGUCAAACUGUACAUCAAGCAAAUUUUGGAAGGAAUCAAAUAUCUUCAUGACAACAACAUCCUUCAUUUGGACAUCAAGCCACUGAAUAUCCUCAUGGUUUAUCCUGAGAGGGAAGACCUGAAGAUCUGUGACUUUGGGUUUGCCCAGAGGAUCACGCCCGUGCAGCCCCAGUACAGCAAAUACGGCUCUCCGGAGUUUGUUGCCCCAGAAAUUGUUUCCCAGUCACCAGUGUCAAAAGCAACUGAUAUCUGGGCUGUUGGAGUCAUCACAUAUUUAAGCCUCACGUGCAAGUCUCCAUUUGCUGGGGAGAACGACAGGAAAACUCUCCUAAACAUCCAGAACGGGGAAAUUUCAUGGACCAUUCCUGAUGUUGUUCACUUGAGUGAAGAUGCAAAGGACUUCAUGAAAGGGAUCCUGCAGCAGCACCCCAAAUCCAGGCCAAGUGCUUUGGACUGUCUUUCCCACAAAUGGUUCAUGCACAACGUCCCUCUUGAAGCAGCCCAUUUCAUUAACACCAAACAGCUCAAAUUCAUUGUGGCUCGGAGCAAGUGGCAGCGCUCCCUGAUGUGCUACAAAUCCAUCCUGGUGAUGAGGUCCAUCCCAGAAAUCCUGGAAAGGACCCACGACAACAGCUCCCUGGCCAUCUCCAGACACCUCAUUGAGGAAAGCACUUCAUCCAGCACCAGUGGCUCCUCCUCAGACAACGAGAACUCAAAUUUCCCCCAAAAGAAGCACUUUGGCUCCACCCCUGAACUGCACUUGCCCGUAUUUGAUGCCCCGAGCCAUCCAGAGCCUCUGAAACGUGCGAGUGAACGGGAGCACUCCAAAAGCUCCAUCCCUCCAGUAAAACCCAUGAGGAGGAAAUAUGCCUCAGUGAAAGCUGAGGUGGGGGAUAAAUCACCCACAGAAAGCAAAGAGCUCGUGGCAAGUAUCUUACAGGAGAAAGAGGAGAGGCUCCUUCCCAGCCUUCGGGGAGAGCCAUCCCAAAAAAGUAUCGCUGCUGAGCCUUCAUCCCUGAGGGCUUCCACAGAAAGCACAUCACUUGUGCAUCAGAAAGAAAAACCAGACACACCUUCAUCUGAAAAGGACAGAGGUGAAGAGGCAGAGGAUGGGGCAGAGAAGCCAUCUGCCUUUGUUCCCAGGCAGAGUGUCAUUAAAAGCACCUUCUACAGCCAAGCAACGGAGCUGCCUGCGAGGCCGCCUUCGUCACCAGGCAGGGAGUUCAGAAGGCACCUGGACAGAGCCAGGAGGACUUUCCGGAAGGCUGGCUAUUCAAAGGUGCCCCUCAGUGGCCUCCGAGAACCCCUCCUUGAGCAGUUUGAACUGGAAGAAGAAGAAGAAGAAGGAGGAGAUGAUCGCAGAGAAGCUCUGCUGGGAUCCUUGACCAAAUCUGCGUCGUUUGACACGGCCAGGAAGCCCCCACACCCUGCCAUUGCUGGUGGCAGCCGCAGCCGCUCCCUGGAUGACUACAGGCUGAGAUCCUCCAGAUCCCUGAGGGAACAAGAGAUUUUGGAGGAGGACUGUGAUGUGUUGUCCCAGGAAAGCUGCGCUGAAGGCAGCGAUCACUGCGAUGUUUCUGCAAGGGCUGAAAUUGCUCCAGCUGCAGCCUAUGAACUGGUAUAUGAGGAAUAUCCAGAGGGUUAUGGUGAGGAUGGAGGCAUUGCCUUAGAAAGUGGAAGUCACGCUGGAGAAACUGCCCCACCGCUGCUCCGCAGGGAUUACCAUGGCCAGGAGCUGUCACACCACAGAUCUUCUUUUUACAGUGAUGAGGAGUCUGCUGUGCUGGAGGGCUUGGUGGAUGAGAUGGUUUCUCUCUCUGAGGAGAUGGAUGUUUGGGCAGAGUCAGUUUCUGGAGAGAAGGGAAGCAGGAGGCACAUUUCUCCUCCCAGAGGGAUGUCCUACAAAGGCAGCCAAGCACACAUGGACACCUCCUUCCCUUCUGUCCAACAGGGUGGAAGAGGAGAGGUCGCUGAGCAGGAUGACCUUGCAGAACCCUGCCUUGCUGUGAGUGAGGAGCCAGGAGCCCUGGAAGAGCAGGGAGCACAGACAGUUCCUCAUGAAUGUGAGCACCUGGAGGACUUGGCAUUUGAGACCUCCCCUUCCAGCCCAGAGAGCCUUUCCUCCACAGAGAGCUUGGACACUGCAAGAAGACACAUCCCAGUGAUCAAGGACACUGGCAAACACCCAGAAGUCUCUUUGGUGAAAAUCAAAGACCUGUCAGAUGAAACACCCAGUGUUGGCAGCGGCCCCCAGAAAUUCGACAUCUCAGAAGUGGAGCCUGCCUAUUUGAAUUUCUCAGAUUUGUACGACAUUGUCUAUUUCCCAUUUGAGUUUCUGAGCUAUAAGAAGCCUUCACCCAAACCAGUUCCUAGAAGGUUCAUGUUCCUUGGUGAAAGGGCAAGGUCCCCUCCUGCAGGACAUCUCCAUAAGGAUAAAAGACUGUGCAUCAGGGAGCAGGAAGACAAGAACAGGAAGAACCGUUUGGAAAUAUCUGAGGAUUCAAAGGCAGCUAACUUAGGCAUGGGGAAAGGGGCAGAGAGCCAUAAAGAAAUGUAUAGCUCCCAAAAGGACUCCAGUGGGAAGCAGAAAAGCUCCUUCCACAGCAAGCCUGGACUCUUUAAACCUUAUGCAAGGUCUCAUUCAGUGGAGCAGUCAGUGGAGCAGAGUCUGAAGAAGAAAGUAAAAGCUUCUGUCGCCCACAUUUCAAGAAUCCUAAAAGGAAAGACAUCUCCUGAGCCAGAGGAAGCCCCGUCGUUCACUGAGGAGCUCACGGACCAGGCUGCGGCUGCCGGACAGUGCGUGACGCUCUCGUGCCGGACUGCACCUCACUCCUCCCUGCACAUCAGCUGGUUCAGAGAUGGGAGACCUGUCCAGAGCAGCAGCCGGAUCCUCAUCUCCUCCACACUCAAACACUUCCAGCUGUUAACAAUUCUCUCUGUUAAUGCUGAGGAUUUUGGUAUUUACACCUGUGUGGCCACAAACUCUCUGGGCUCAGCAUCCACCUCUUGUGUCAUAAGAAAAGCAGAGGUUCCCCCCAGCCCUCCACCCCCUGACAUCGUGGAGGUCUACAAGGAUGGAGUGCAGGUGGUUUGGAAACCUGUGGAAACCAACACCCCUGUCCACUACAGUGUCCAGUGCAAGACUGAAGAUGGGGAGUGGACAACUCUUGCUUCUGACAUCACUGACUGCUGCUACUAUGCCAGAAAUCUCCCCCAGGGCUUCAUCUACAGCUUCAGGACAGCCUGCAGCAGCAAGGCAGGGAUGGGCCCCUACAGUGACCCCUCUGCCAAAGUGGCAAUCACUUCCCCAUCAGCUGCCCCUGAGGAAGAGAGUGAAGUGAUCUCACCUCCUGAGCCCUUCCCAACCUACCAGACCUACGCCUUCCAAACUGAGAUCAAAAGGGGCCGGUUCAGCAUCGUCCGGCAGUGCCGGGAGAAGGUGAGCGGCAAGACUCUGGCUGCUAAAAUCAUCCCUUACUGGCAAGAGGACAAGCAGGCUGUGCUGCUGGAGUACCAGGUGCUCAGGAAGCUCCACCACACCAACAUAGCCCAGCUGAAGGGUGCCUAUGUCAGCCCCAGGCAUCUGGUGCUGAUCCAGGAGAUGUGUGUGGGGCCAGAGCUGCUCCACUCCUUGGCACUACGGACAUCAUACUCAGAGGUGGAGGUCCGAGACUACCUGUGGCAGAUCCUCAGUGCCACUGAGUACCUCCAUGCACACAACAUCCUGCACCUGGACCUCAGGUCUGAGAACAUGAUCAUCACCGAGCCCAACCUGCUGAAACUCCUGGAUUUUGGCAAUGCACAGUUCUACACACCAGACAAAUUUAUUACCAUGGAUAAAUGCUCGGACUAUGUGGAGACCAUGGCUCCAGAACUGCUGACAGAGCAAGGAGCCCUUCCCCAGACUGAUAUUUGGUCCAUUGGAAUCACAGCCUUCAUCAUGUUGAGUGCCAACUACCCCAUCAGCUCGGAUGUGCCCUGUGAGUUCCUGAGAACAGCCAGGAAGGGGAAGCUGAAGCUGGCGCGGUGCUACGCGGGCCUGUCCGGGGGAGCAGUGUCCUUCCUGCAGAGCACUCUGUGUGCAAACCCUUGGGGAAGGCCCUCAGCCUCCGAGUGCCUCCAGAGCCCCUGGCUGCAGGAGACAGGUCUGGACAACAGGCAGCAGGCACUGGUCACCUUCCCCACCACCAAACUGAGGAAUUUCCUCAUGGAACGGGAAAAGAAGAGGGGCCUGCUCUGCUCCAAGUAUGGCCUCAUGAUUGCACAGUGA